UAGGGCGGACCGACCCUAGUACAAUAUAUAAAAAUAUUCAAAUACUUUUGAAUAAAAAUAUGAAAACUUUUUGGUUUCGUAAAUUAUAUUUUCUUAAAAAGAUAUUUCUGCACUAAAAAAUCUAUUAAAACAGUUAUAAGAUUGAAAGAACAAAUAAUCUAUUAAAACAGUUUAUAAGAUUGAAAGAACAAAUAAUCUGUGUGGCCGUGCGGUUCCAACAUAAAAAAAAAACAUUAAAGAUUACAUGAACGUUUAUUUGUUUUUGUCGAUGAAAAAGCUGUUAGAAGAUGGGUAUCAAUUUAGAUUUCGAUAAUAAAAAGAAUCAGAUGUACCAAAUCUCUACUUAUAUCUAUAUCUGUUAUGAACCAAAUUUAAGCUGAUUAUAAUUUAAUUUGAUUAUAAUAUGAACCAAAUUAUUAGGAAAUUAAUUUUUUCUAAUAAUUAUAAUAAUUUUAAUUAAUCCGCAUAAAAAUGUAUAUUAUUCAAUUAAUUAUAAAAUGUAUUUAAUUAAUUUAAAAUAAAAUUUACCCUGUUCCGCAGGUCAUGGUCUAGUUAAUUAUUAAAACUGAAAUGCAUACCAGAUAUAAAACCUUUCACCAGUUCAUAGCAGAAGAAGAAGAACCAUAGGUAAUACAUAAACAGGGAGAUAAAUCGAUGUGUAAGCAAGAACAUUAACUAGUUAUCAGUUUUUGUUCUUAGUCUCUUGGCUUCAUGAUCUAGUUCGUAAAGAUUUAUUCUAUUAUUUAAUAUUAAAUUAUUGAAUAUUUCGAACAAAUCGUUUGUUACAGUCCAUCUCUGUGUUAUUGCCCGACUGUUUGUUAACAUUCUGUUUGAAUCGGCUCAUCAAUUUGGGCAUAGAAUUAGAAGUAUCUUCGACCAUAUGAAAGAGUUUGUCAAAAUUUCGUGUGUCCAAUACAAAGGAACCAACAAAAGAUAACGAUAGUUGUUUCGAUUUGAAAAAUCUCCUAAUGUACCACUUUUUUAGUAUCACUUUUCAUGUUUACAUUAACCACAUUUACCCGUAGUUUUAAAAGAAUAAAUGAAUAUUUAUAUUCAUAGGGUUAACUAAUAUAGAAUAGUGUUUCGAUUGUGGGGAGGUGGAUUUUGGAGGAUGGAGUUUUAGGAUUUUUUAAAAAAAUACUAAAAAUUUAAAUCAAUAAUUUUAAAAUAAUUUCAAAAAUAAUUUUGAAUUUUAAAAAGAAAAUUUGAAAAAAGAAUUAACAAAAAAUAUGAAUAAAGUUUCAAUUUUUUUUGAAAGAUAAAAUUUGAAAACAUAUAAUUCAAAAAUUAAAAAAAAAAUAUUUUUUAUUUUAUUAUUAUUUAUUUAGUUAAUUGUCUAUAUUUAUAUAUUUUAUAUCAAAGGUAUAAGGGGUCUUUUGUGUUUUUAACAAAUAAGGUACAACCAAUGUGGUAAAUUCAAAAUUUCUCCUUUCGAUUUGGUAUAGCAAGAAUAAAUUCUUAGGGAUUUUGCAUUUGGGAUAUUUCAAAUAACAUUUUGAAACAAAUGAUAAGUCUUUUUAAAGGUUAUUUUAUGAAUGAAAAUAAUCCAGAAAAUGUCUUUCAAUAAAUUAUAUAAACUAAACUCGAAGAAAAAUCAGAAAGAGAUGGAAAAAAUUCUCCAAUUCUUUGAUUUAUACUAAAAAUGGAUAAAACUAACAUAUUUCACACCUCAACUCUAAACCAUAAGUCUAUAGUAGUUAACUCUUGGAUAUAAAUAUCUUUUACCCUUCAUUAAAAGAAAAGGUAAAAGUGAUUAGUAUAAACAUGAAAAAUGAUACUAUGAAUGUGGUAUUUGUGGUAAUUUUUAUAUAACAAGAUACAAAUGGUCAUAAAACUAUAUGAGUAAAAAAAAAUAUUUAAUAGAUAUUCAGAAUAAGUUACAUAUAUGUAUAUACAUAUAUUAAAUAAUUAUUUAUAUAAUAUAUAUGCAGAAAAUUUCCAAGGACGAUUAUAAAUUUUAUAACUAUUAAUAGUCCUACACUGAAAAUUUUGUUAUCAAUAAUUUAAGAUUUGUUUUUAUAAAAAUAUACAAAUGAUCAUAAAACUAAAGAUAUAUAUGCUAGAAUAACCACAUGUUAGUGGUCCAGUGGUUAAACUCAACCUGGGAAGUCAUGAUUUCGAGUGCUGCUGGGAGGUGAUUAUCUUGAAGGACCUUCGGGCCUAAUACAGAGAAGCCUGCUAACGUGUGGUCACUGGUGGGAUUUACAUGAGGUGAUCACCAACCCUCCUGGAUGCCUCGGUGGGCUCCCUGGCUAAGCUCCGGUGGACGGUCAUUAGAGCUAGUCGGAUCCUCUCGAGGCUCCAAAUACCAGGAUCAUCAAAGAAAUAAAAUAAUAAUAAUUUGUGGUUUAAGGUAAUUUUUUUCUUUUUACAAGUUAUAAAUAUUAAAUUAUAAAUUCUGCGAUUGAAACCUAACCUAGUUACUUAAAAUGGCCAACGAGUAAUAUUAUAAAGGAAUAUGGAUCCAUUAACUAACGUCUGAUGGAAAAAAAUUACAUCUAGAGAUACUUUUAACUUGUCUAUUUACACCUCGACAUACUUCCAGCAUGCAGAGUACUUUCUCCUUGUGAAUUCUCUAAAAAAGCCUUCUAAUUUAAAUAAGUUAAAAAUGUGUGGUUUGGUCACAUUCAAUCAUUCUUUCUUUCACUGUCACAACCUUCUUUUACAUUAUUAGCUUCUUCUCUCUCUCUUCUUAUGCAUUUUGAAACUAAUUUUCCAUGGUUGAUACUUACAAGCUUUACCAUGUCCUCCAAUAAAACUGAUGAGUUAAAAUUCUAAUUUCUUCUCUCGAUUCACAUUCAUGUUCCCAUUUUCACUUGGGCAAUUCUCUCAAAUAGCCAUUUUUAAGUUUUUAUCACAAAAAUAGCCCUCAAAAAAUAAAAUUACCAAAAUUGCCCCUUGUUGUUUUGAAAAUUUUAAUCUUAAUUUUUAAUUUUUUUAUUUUUUGAAAUUUGAAACCCAUCCCUUAACUCUAAAUCCUAAAUCAAGAUUAAUUAAUCCAAGGGGUAUAAAUGCAUAUUUUACUUUUUAAUAAAACAUUUUUUUGGUCAUUUUCCUCCUUGAUAGGCUAUUUUUGUGAAAAUAAAUUAAAAAGGGUUAUCCAAGGGAAUUUCUCUCUCCACUUUCACCAUUCCUAUCCUUCUUCAUUUUAUGGUCUUCUGUAUAUUUUUCGUAGGCUUCGAUUAUCUCGUAGGAGGAUUUUACUCUUAUACUUAUACCAUGAACCACAUAUCUAAUUUUAGCUACAUAAUUUCAUGGGAUUUUUGGUGGUUUAUCUUCAUGCUCAUCAAUCGCUAUCGCCUUUGUCAAAAAUCUCCGGUCCUCUUGAACUGUUCACUUGGCCACACAUCACUUCUUUAAGGACUGAGUUCUUCAAACUAGCACAUAUACUUUUUCAUGGCUGGGGAGUUUCAUUGAAAUUUAUGAAGAGCAUUUGUGAUGAGAAUGGGUAAUGAUCAGUCGUAUAUCCUCUUCUUGACCACAUCACUGCUCCUCCUGAACACAUAACUUUUAACCCUGACCAAAAAUUCUAAUCCAAACUAUAUGGAUACAGACCCUUCUAUCUACAACAACCCUGACCACAAAACUUCUAAUCCAAAUUAUAUGCAUACGGACCCUUCAAUCUACAACAACCCUGACCACAAUUACCACCAAAACACUGUGUCACCUUACCAUAACACCUACAACCACAUCAAUAUUUCUCCUGACCAUAUAACUUCAGCCUCUACAAACACCAGCCAUCAGAUUAAUCUAAAAAUAAAACAAUCUAACGGUUAGGGAUACAACUCGAAAAACAAUAAACCUGCCAAUAAUUAAUUCCAAAGAAACAGCCUAACUAGUGUUUUAAAAAUAAAAGAUAUAGUAACUAAACGUACAACUUCCGCCAAAGGGGCAAAUUCGUCACAAAAUGAAGCCAGCAAAGGCCCAAAGGCAGCACAAGCUGCAAGUAUGUCCAAGUGAAAGAUGUAUAGCCCAAAGUAUGUCUACAUGCUAAGCUCUCCGUCUGAUGUGUCAUAAAACAAUAUUACAUGUGAGAAAAAAAGGUAAAAUUUGGUGUGCCAAACACAUCACUCCAUGAGCAAAUCACCCCUAUCAAGGAAGUCUGACUACAGAGUGAGUUUACCACUUGCUUUACCUUUGUAUCAAUCUAUAAAAAGACUCAUUAGCCUCUCUUAUUUCUCCACCAAACCCUCAUCAACUUAAAAGCUCAUAACACUUUGUUGCUCUCUCUAUAGGCAUCUUGAUUUCUUUCAUCUCUCUUCUUUCAUAAUCAACAACAAAUCUGUUAUGUAUGCCGCAAACUUGGUCAUCAUGAAUUUUGACCGUUCGUCUGCAGUGUGUGUUGAAGAUAUGGGGGACAGUUCUAUAGGAGCAUUUAUUGAGAAUGGUGGAGAUGACGAUGACAUUGGCCAUGGUUAUGCUUGCAUGAUUCAUCUCACACAUCAAAUGUAAUUUAGAAUAAAAGAGAGAGUUUAGAUCUCUAGAUAGGCCAAGUAUGUACUGAAAAUGUAAGGAGCCUUCUUAGAAACAAACAUGGCUCUAUAUUGUACAAAAUCAUCUCUUCUUCAACCGUGUCACAUUUUCUAUUCAUUUUGGAUGUCAAGUUAACGUUCAUUUUAAGUUAUUGUGGCAUUUUUUUGUCUAUUAAAUUAUCUAACGCUUAUUUAACUAUAUAAAUAUUGUACUAUAAGAAUUUGAAUUUGUCUUUUUUUUUGUUUUCACAGAUUUUGUGUUUGCAGUUUAGUAUUGAAUUUAUUUAUUCACACAAUAUUCAAUUUUUCAAAAGUUGAAUUUAAAGUUUAACCUACUGGUUUAUUCAUAAAGUUGUGAGAAUUCAAAUUUUGAAAUUAGACUCUCAAGCAGUAAGCCACGCAUGUGUUUAGAAAUCAGAGGUAUUAUAAGGGUUUAUUAACCGAAACAUGCAUUAUCACAGCAGUAACAAAACAUGCAUCCGGUGCUGUGGUCGAACCUGAGACGCGUAUGGUGCCACAUUAUGAUUUCAUUAAAUCUGUGUAACUAAGAAAAUCGAAAGUGUUGAGAAAAGUCAGUUUUGUUAUAAACACCAAGCACGCUUGUCACUUUAAGUUUACCGUACUCUCUGUAGUAAGCUUGACCUUUGGGUGAACUGAAGAAAGAUUGUGCUCACACUUUUCUUAACUUUUACUUUACUUGAAGAUAGAAAGAUUAAAACGAACCCUUAUUCUCUUCAGUAAACGCAAAUAGCGCCCUUUUGUUUACGAUUUGCUUGUUUAGCAAUUUUUUUCUUGUUGAUUAACCAUACAAAGAAAAAUGUUUUCUGUCUAAUUUUUUCUGCACUUGCGACCAUGUUUGUGAUUGUGAAGCUUGCUUAGGGACGACACCACGGAUAAUGAUCACGGACUUGACUACACUCAAGCCGCAUAUGUAGAAAACUUAGACCAAGAUGACGAUAAAUAUCAAUUAAUAUUAAAUGAAAUGAUUUGAAUUCAUUAAUUUACCAAAGUUUGUUACAAUCAAUACAUAUACACAAGGUUAAACAAAAGGAAACUUAAACCAUGUCGGUUAUCUAGUCUACUAAACCGGUAUAUACACAAUACGCGCAGUCAAGUCUCUGAAACUGAGCCAUCAGGGGGAAGGAAGAGACUUGAUAUGGACAAACGGUUGAGAAUGGAAUGAAACGGUCCAGAGUGUAGAGGCUUCGUCAUGAUUUCUCCAUGCUGGUUUGCACUCGAAACAUGCAUCAAGGUAAUGAAGCCUUUCUUAACCUGAUCACGAAUGGUGUGAUAGUCUAUCUCCAUUUGCUUUGUCUGUUCGUGAAAGAUGGGAUUGGUUGCGAUAUGCAUUACAGACUUAUUAUCGCAGAAAAGUUUUGCAUUCGUUGAAACCUUGAUGUGAAGAGUGAGAAGUUGUUGUAGCCAGAGUAACUCCCAAGUAGCAUGCGCCAUGCUUAGAUACUCAGCUUCGGUACUACUGCGGCUAACCACAUCCUGCUUCUUCGAUUUCUAUGUAAUCAAGGAGUUCCCAACGUAGACACAAUAACCAGUAAGAGAGUGUAUACUAUCAGGGCAUGUUGCCCAUUAGCAUCAGCAAAUGCAUUGAGACACUGUCGAGAUGAAGCAGAGUAGAAGAGUCCAUGUCCCGGUUUAUUCUUGAUGUAUCGAAGAAUCUUAUGUGCAGCUUCAAGAUGAAAAUCUGUAGGAGAAGCCUUGAAUUGACUGAGACAGUGCACCACAAAGGUGAUGUCAGGACGAGUGAUUGUCAAAUAUAGAAGAUGACCAAUCAGAGCUCGAUAGCUACUCGGAUCUGUAAGCUUAGCACCAGAGUCCUUACUCAACUUAACCAAACGAUCCAUUGGCCCCGAACUCAGCUUACAUACGAGAAGACCAGCAUCAACUAGAAGACUCAAUGCAUAUUUCCAUUGGGAUAUAGAAAUACCUUCAAAUGAUCUAGCUAUCUCCAAACCAAGAAAGAACCGCAAUGGUCCUAAGUCCUUAAUCUUGAAAUGAGAGCUAAGUCUUUUUGAGGAGAGCAACCUCUGCAUCAUUAUUUCCAACACUCAUUAUAUCGUCUACAUACACAAGAACUGCAGUGAAGACAAAACCAUGUUGCUUGAAAAUAAUGUGUUAUCCGCUGGAGAUUGAGUGUAACCAGCAGAUAGGAAGACUGCAGAUAGACAUUGGUACCAUUUACAUGAGGCUUGCAUCAACCCAUAGAGCGAAUUAUGAAGAAGGGGUUUGGAGAAAGAGAGCCAUAAGCGGGUACAUACCGUAAGGAAUGCUCAUAAACAUUUCCUAAUCAAAAUCACUAUCAAGUUUGACACUAGCAAGGAGAAGUCCAUCUGAGACAUACUACAUCCUUGUAUAGCUGCAAGACUAAGGAGAAGUUUGACACUAGCAAGUUUUGCAACCAGAGAAAAUGUAUCAGUGAAAUCUACUCCUUCCUGCUAUGUGAACCCCUUAGACACCAAGCAAGCUUUGUAACGCUCCACAAUGACAUCUGCGUUGUACUUAAUUGUAUAAACCCAUUUACAACCUACCACAUUUUUACCAGGAUGUAAAGACUAAACUGUCCAUAUCUUAUUUGCUUCCAUAGCUUGCAACUCUUCAGUCGUGGCUUUGCGAAAAUUAAUAGAUAACAUGGCUUGCUUAAAAGAUGUUGGCUAUGUAUCAAGGGAGUGUUGAGAUGAGAUCAAUAUAUAGGAAGAGAAAGACAUGAGGAGUUGAGUAUGAUGAAGAGGCCGUAGUAAUACUAGUUACCCGAGUAACUUACAAAGCGUAAACCAAAGUUACCCUAGUAAUACUAGUAUACUAGUUAUACUAGUUACCCGGGUAACUUUGGAAGAAGAAGAGAAGCCCUAUUCUCUUAGCUAAGGUAUCAGUCCGUUGCAAGGGAAGAGGAGGCGCGUGACUCCCAAACACUUGUUGGAGACCCUCUCAAAGACGUUUGGAAACGUCUCCAACAUCAGCCGUAUUAACUCCAUGAAGCAAGAUGGAGGAGAGCUCACCAAACAAAUGGGAAAGUUUAGAUCAUUAUGGUCUGAACUUUUCUUUUCUUGUAACUACCAAAAGGUAGUGGUUUAGUGGUUCCUGAUUGAGGAAUUGCUUCGUAGAUCAUGUCCAUGAUCACUUCCUCUCAAGCAGAGAACUAUAUAACCAUUUCCAUUUGGCCAGUCAAAACUACAUCAUGCUUAGGUACAUGAUAUAUCCUCUUAAGCCACAAAUUGUUCUAACAUUUUGGACAUUCCAUACUCUUAUAUAUGGAAGCAUGGAUGAGCUCAGCCACUGUCAAACGUGGUUGAGCUACUGGUACAGCCGGUCUAGCUGACCUAGUAGGAAUUGUAGGGAUCCAAGGGUCUGAUAACCCAAAUGUACAAUUUGUCUGAUCCCCAGUGUCAAUAAAGGUCUUGUUGCCAUCAAGCUUGUCAAGACGUAAGAAGAUGAUACAAAUCUUGUUGCUCGCAAAGGCGAGCAUAUACAAUGAUACUUUCGGCGAAGAACUCUUGCAAGAAGAGAAUAGGGGAACUGUAUCAAUAUCCACAAUUGUUUUGCCAAUAAAGUUAAUAUGAACCUAUCAGUUUGUGCAAUGUGAGUUAUAAGAUAGUACUUAUGCCAAAGGCUGAAGAAAGUUCUACCAGAUCGCAUGUCGGAAACCCAAUAGGCUUUCGUUGCAGGUAGGAAUAUUACUAACAACAUAAUGAUUGCUCAAGAGACUUUUCAUACUCUCAAAACAAAACCAGGUGGGCGGCACAAGAGAUUGACCAUCAAAACUGAUAUGAGUAAAACGUAUGAUCCAUGGAGUGGAUAUUUAUACAGAAAGUAAUGGAGAAGAUGGGUUUCUCAGAAACUUGGAUAAAAUGGAUUAUGUGAUGCGUCUCUUCUAUUAAGUAUCAAGUUCUUCUAAACUGUCAACCUAGAGGAAACAUUGUCCCACAGAGAGGUUUACGACAAGGAGAUUCUUUGUCGCUCGUUAGCCUUCUAAAGAAUUCAUACGAAGAGUGGGUUGUAUACCGUAAAAUCUGGAUAUUAGGUGUCAUGGAAUAUCCUCUCCCAUACUUCCGAUAUUAUGGUAUAUGAGCACAAUAUCGCAAAAUGACGAGCCUUCGGUUGGAAAAUCAAGGCUCCCUAAACAUACAUCACCUAAUUUGGCAAAUGGCUUCUGGUUACUUAACGGUAACAAGAAACUUAACUCGUCGUCAUAUGCGAUGUGAUAACCAUUUUCCAAGAUGUGGAGAAGCUAAUGAAUUAGUAAAUCAUACGAUUCUUGAAUGUCCACCCGCUUUACAAUCUUGGGCCUUUCUUCGACACCAUCGUGUUCGAACGUGUUUUCUAUAUCGAGCGUGUACUCCAAUCUAGAUUAUUUAUUUUGGAGGAAGAAUGAAAUAGAACAUCUGGAGUUGGACAGAGACCCAUAUCAAUAGAUUAUAUGGUAUUACUAGAAAGCCAGGAAUGAUAAACUGUUUAGAGGAAUUACACGAGACCCGUUAGAGCCAAUUAGACAUGCUCAAAGUGAAUGUCAUGCUUGCUUUCAGAUGAACUCAAAGACCAAUGAUGAUGCACAUCCACCACACCAGACACAUAAUACACAAGCCUUAUGGUUGCAGAGUAUUUGUUUAGUAGAUGGAUCAUGGACUUCGGAACCACAUUAUAGUGGAUAUCUUUGGGUAUGAAUGGAUGUUUCUGGAAAUAAACAAUUCCUACUGUUAAACAAUUCCUACUGUUGUGAAACAAAGAUAGACAAUUAUCCUGCUAUACUCAAAAUUAGAUGCUCAUAUUUGGUCCAUGGAGAAUAUGGUUCAACAUACAACAUGUCAGCAAUUCGGAACAGACUGCAAGAAUAUAAUCUCAACGAUCAAGGAUUCGGAAGCAUGACCAAAUUUUUAUACGGAACUAGCAUAGCUAGCAGAUAUUCAAGGUAGGUUUCAAGACUUCAAGAUCAUUCACGUAUCAAGGGCAGAGAAUCGAACUACAUAUACUUUAGCUAAGACCACCCAAGCUUUUAUAAGAGUUUAGUUUUUGUUGGUUGUUUUAUUCCGAUAUGGAUUCCAUGAGCACCUCUAGUUUAGUGAUAGAAUAGUCUUUUCAUGUCAAACAGAUGGCUUUUAUGUAUUUUAGCCUCAGUCAAUUUACUAUAGUAUUGUGAUCUAUCACUUCUAUAUACUGUGUAUAAGAAUGUAGAAUGCAAAAAUGAUACUCGCUAAUUUGUUUUGUAACAGUGAUACUUGUUAUUAGUCUUGUACUUAUAUAAAAGAAAAUGAGUACUAUUUAUGGUCAACAGUUUCAUAGUGAACUGUAUUUAAGAUCAAAGAAAAAUUACUAGUACACUGCUACUUUAAAAUAUACUGAAUUUAUUUGUAACAUCCUGGUUUGUGGUAUAUGGAAAGGUUUAAGAGAAUUAAUUUGGCUACUUAUGUCACCAACGUGCACCUACCUUUCCGGGAACACAUUCGUUUAGAACUCUACAAUUAAGGAGUAGUAGAAGGGUGGAUAACAUACUGGCAAGAAAUUCGUGAUAUCGUGCGAGUGAGACUAAUAACGGUGAAAAUUCAUGUGGUGAAUGCAAAGUCAGUAACCACCAAUCUUGAGCCUCCAGAAAAGUAACGCACCACCCGUCGCACGGGAUGGAGCCUACGGGCCGAGUGAGCGGGCGUGGGAGGCUCAUUAGCCAUGGGUUGUCGGGGGUGAUACAAGUGGUAUGGUAUCAGAGCUGGUUAUCCAUCUCGGGUGGCAUCUUGAGACUUGUUGUAGUGCGCAAAUAGGAUGUUUCGCUCUGUUAGAGGAGGUGAAUAGUAACAUUCCGAUUUGUGGUAUAUGGAAAAGCUUAACAUAAUUGAUUUAGCUCCAGUAACACCAAAAUGCGCUUACUUUUUUCGGGCACACAUUCGUUUAGAACUCUAGAGUCAAACAUGCUUGAGCUGCAGUAGUAGAAUGAUGGGUGGUAUAUCAAAAAAAAAUUUGUGAUAUCGUGCGAGCUUACACACGAAAUGUAAUCAUGUGAUGUUUGUAAGGUCAGCAAACAUGAUUUGUAAGCCUCCGAAAAAUUAACGCACUACUCAUCUUAUGGGAUGGAGCGAGUAAGCGGAUGUUGGAGGCCUGUAGACGGUCGGGGGCUUACAUUGUUCAUCACUGAACCGCCUCACAUAAAUCAUGUUUGUAUACUUAUUUGGUUAACUAUACGGCAUUUUUGUCUGAACUGAAUUGUACGACAUUUAGUGAUAGAUUUGUUAAAAGUUCAUAUAUACUAUCGUUAGUAUGUUAAGCAGAGGAUGUUCGGUGUGGCAGAUAAUCCUUAGAAAUUAUCGGGGUUUUUCGAAUACCCAACUAACGAGGAUAGGAGCAUUACAAUAACAUUUCGAAAAUCACUGACAGUCUUAUUUGUAACAGUUCAUGAUCUGGUUUUAUCUAUUUUAUUCAAAGAUAAAGUGGGAGAAAAAGUGAGAUUGAAAAAAAAAACCUUUUAUUCGACUAUAUAUUAAGUCGAGAAACUUAAAACAAACCCUAGGGCAUCAAAUCAUUAAUAAAAAAAAUGCAAAAUCAUUGUUCAUAAACAUAAAACCAUUCAGGCUGCUGGAGCAUAAUCAUAUAUAAUGUCAUCAUCGUUGUCACCAUUUUCGACAUAGGUAGCUUGAACUUGAGCAUACUCAAAUGCUUGAUCGUUACUAGCCAUGACGCCUCCAAUAAUGCACGUUUCAGAAAUAUUAUUGUUGGGAAAAAAAUCGCAGACAUUAAUCAUUUUUUUUCUUCAAAUAAACCGCUCAAUCAAGCGUAGAAGGGCAAAUGAAAAACAAAGAAGAUUGAUUUGAGUUUGAUAAGGGAACGAGAGAUCGUUGGUUUUUUAUAGGUGUGGGAACAAAAUUGAUGAGAUUUUGGACUCGUUUCCGCCUUCUACUGACCUCGCCAAGGAGUGUGAUAUGCUCGUAAGAAACGUGGAAUCGCACAAUACAGAUUAUGAAUCGCUGUUAACUUUUUGACACUUGGGAAUUUAUAGUGACACGUCUGCGACACAUCGGUUUGCAUUUCCUUUUUCUUUUCAAAGCAGGAUAGGCAAGAAAAUGUUUUUUUGCCUUCACUGGAAUAUUAUUUGUAGUGGCGACAUAAUGGUACAAAAUAUAUUUGUCUGUGUUCAUUGAUUAUAAAUGUAAUUCGCAUACAUAACUAUAUUAAUAAAAAAUGGGAUUAUUAUGUGCUGGCAUAUCAAUCCCAAUUCACUAAAAAAUAUAAUGAAAAGUGUAAUUAAAUAAAUUAAAGAACACAGUCUAAAAUAAAAAUGAAGAACUUCACUAAAGCUAUCGAUUUAAGUCAAAAACAAAUUUGAAUUUAUUUGAAGUAAAUAAAAAAAGAAUCAAAUUUAAGUGAAACUCGGAGUUAAACUCUAAAAGAGACUGAAAAUCUAAAGUAAAUGCAACGAAGAAAAAUUAUACUCUAUUAUAGUAUGUUCGAAUAACUUUUUCUCUCUAUUUUAUUAUGUUCAGUUAUCUAUAUAAGAAUCAGACCUCUGUAUUAUUUAACAAAAUACAGACAAAAUACUUUUACACCACUAUGUCACGCAUACAAAUAAUAUUCCCAUCAGAUAUAAAGGCUAAACCUUUUCUUGCUUUAUUGCUUGGAAAUAGUACUCCUCCAUAUCAUUUCUAGAUAAAGAAAUGUAAAUUAAUACGUGCAGCGUAUGUGGCAUUUCAAAAUCCUUUGUGUAAAAAAAGUUCAAUUGUGAUUCAUUAUUUAAAUUGUGCUAUUCAACAAUUUGUAUAAACAUGUCACACUCCUGACUGAAGUCAGUGUAAGACGGGAGCGAGUCUAAACUUCCAUCAACUUUUUUGCUCUUACCUAUAAAGAGGCCAACGAACUCGUGUCCUCUCAUCAAACUUCUGUGCUUAGCAUUUGCUCUUAUUGACAUUUUAUUGAUAUAACUAGUAUAUCUCCCGUGCUUUGCACGGUUCUUGUUUUAUAAUUUACAAUAGAAAAAAGUUAUUUUGAGAUAUAUUAUUUUGAAUGUUAUAUAAUUCAGUGUGAAAAAUGUUAUUUGAGGGUUAUAUUUGUUGGUAAACUUACAACAAAUAAAAUUCUGUUGUUUAUAUCUUUCUAUAGUCCAAUAUAAACACAAGAUAAACAUCAUGUAUUCAUCUAUUUUUCAAAACCUAAAAACAAUUGAUUAUGAAAGUCAAAUUGAGGGACACAAACUAAGACUGGCAAACAAACUUAUUAAUUCUAUUCAUUUUGACUAUUUGUAAAAAUAAUUAAAAAGAGGGCAGUGCGGAAACAACAAAAAAAGAUUUUGACUGUUUGUAAAAAUAAUUGUAUUUACUUUUGAUUUUCAUUAAAAUUGUAUUAAAUCUGAAAAUAAACCUAAAUAAUUGUGGCUAAAAAUAAAAAUUAUAGAAAUUUGGAUAUAUUUCUAUCUUUUAAAAAAUAUUACAAUUAACUAAAAUACAUCUUCUAACAAUUGACCUUAAUCUAAUUCCCACUACAGCAACUUUUCUUUUGUUCUACAAUCAUAAUAAACUUAAAAUUUUAGUAGAAAAAAAAGCUUUAAACAUAAUUUUUAUGAUAAACUGAAUAUAAAUACUCAUGUUUGUAUUCCAAAUCAAAUUAAGGUAUGAUGUUUUGUAUCUACUAGAGGCAUUGUCUCCGCGCAAGCACGGAGUUUAGUGACGAACGAUGUUUCAACCUCAGAUUCCUGUUCAACUUCAUGGUCGCAGUGGCAUACUGCAAUGAACCAUGGAUUAUCUCCAAACUUCAUGUAACAUGUCUGUUGCUUGACAACUCUCACUGGAUCAUAAUAGACAGUAAAGUCUUUGAGUGUAAAGCACAACUUGUUGGUCUGCAUGUCGCAUACUGCUCCUACAAUAACUAUGAAGGCUCUCCCAAGUAAUAGAGAAAAGUUUUAGUUGAGCUUGAUGUCAAGGACAUGAAAUUCUAAUGGAACUAAGGCAUACCAAUCUGAACCUCAAGGUUUCUGAUGAAUUCUCCUGAAGGCCUAUCUUCAAACCUAGAUGGUAUGCCAUCACCUUAGGUAGAAUGCUGACUGACGAUCCUCUCUUGCAGAGCGCACUAGGGUAGUCAAUGCCUCCUAUCAAGCAUGGUACCACAAAUUUUCCAAGAUCACUCUUCUUCUUUAGCGUAAUCCUUUGUUUUAUUUUCUCUCUGACUUGGUAGAACAUUCUUCUAAUGUCCUCUUCAGUUUCUUUAGUUUCUUUGAAGAAUAUCCACAGCCUGUAGGUAAAGUAAGCCUCCUCAAAUGGCUUAUCCAAUGGGAACCUUAGAAUCCCCUUUGUGAAACUAUCCAUCUCUAUAUCACUAGCUUCAGAUGCUCAGGAACCUUUUCUUUCUUCUUCCUCAAGGUCAUUCCCACAGUAGCCUUAUCAAUUUGUAUAGACUUUGGUGCAUCUUCAGAUUGCUCACUGAUGUUUUCCAUUGAUAUCUUUAAAGGCUAAGAUGGAUUUCUGAGUACAUUCAAUCAUGCUACAUCAAUUUAUGGGAGUUGCACUCAGUAGCAGAGAGGUGUAUGUCGAUCAAUGACUAAGGUUGACUGUCGAUCACGGUUUAGUCGCUCUGUCAAUCGGUGACUUGUUCAUUCUGCCAAUCAAUGUUUGCAAUAAAGGGUUUGAGAGGAUAAAGGUGCUUAGCUGUGAAUUUUUCAUGGGUCAUGAUUUUAACCGUUUCGCAUGAUGGAACUGACUUUGUCGAUCGAUGAUGAACAACAGAUAUCGACCGGUGUUCAUCUGAUUCCAUUGAUCGAUGUACCUUACCCGGCGUCGUCGAUGGACACCAAUGUGAACUACCGAAGCUCAUGGAGCUUUCAACUUCAACGUCUCCCUCCUGAAGCUUCUCCUCCUUAACCACUUGCCAUAAAUCAUCCUCUAUAAUGGCAUUCAUGUGGUACUUCAGUGCUUCAUCUCCUUUACUCUUGAUGAAGGUGUCUUGCUUUUUAACAGCUUCUCUUAUCUGAACCACGUGUGUCUCCAACUUCUUCACAUGUGUGUUUAAAGCCUCAAACUUUGCAUUUAGCUCUGUGUAGACAAUAUCUAUAUUCCCAUUGAUAUUCACCAUUAGCUUUUGAUGACCCUUAAGAACUUGUUCAAUUAUUGCUUCUAUCUUGCUCUCUCGAGUUUGUGGUGGCACGUUUUGAUAGGAAGAAUUUCCAUAGUUUAUGUUGUUGUUAUUGUUAAAGUUGUUGCGGUAGGAUUUCUCGAACUGUGAACUCUGGUUGAAAUUACUCCUCUGUCCAUUCUCAUAGGAGUUUUUGUACACACUCUGAUUCCCAGGUUUCUGAUUCAGAAAACCAGUACCACUGAUAAAAUUCACAUCCUCUUCUAAAUCUCCAUCACUGUUGAUUUCUAUAGCUUUCAUAUCCUCUGCAAAGCUAAAAUACUUCUUGAGAAGCUUGUGAACACUGUCCAACUUAGCCUUAACUUCAUCCAACUCCUCAUUUCCUAGAGUGGCUGAUUUUCUCCCCUCAAAAUCAGUGUUCUUGGUGCUAUUUCUGGACGCCAAGUUCUCAAUUAGCCUUUCAGCUUCUUCUUUUUUGGAUUUCUAGUGUUGAAGUUCCCUUCACUAGAUGUGUCCACAACCAUCUGAUAUGCCAGUGCAAUGCCUCUGAAGAAAAUGUUGAGCAGUUGCACUUCAUAAAAUCUAUGGUGUGGACAGUCUCUCUGACAGAACUUUAAACUGAUCCAGGAGUUUCUGACAGACUCUUGAAUGAAUGUAGCAAUCUUGCUUCGUAAGUCUUCAGCUCGUGACUCAUUACAGAAAUUGCGCAUGAACACAUUUUGAUGUCAGCCCAGGAUGUGAGAGAUUCUGGUUGUAACUGCUUAAGCCAGCGCGAAGCUUCUCCAGCCAAUGAGUACUUGAAGAGCUUGCAGAAAAGAUAGGUUCACGGACUCCAUUAGCUUUAAUGGCAGAAAUCAGAUUUUUGAACCGCUCCAGAUGGCAUAGGAUGCUCUCGUGACAAACCAUAGUAGGGUGUCUGCGCCAUUAGUGUAAAGUACUUGGGUUUCAGCUCGAAAUCGUUUCUCUGAAUAGCAGGAGGAUGAAUAGCAGAUAUGUUGGCGUAGUACUGAUAUGGACGAUUAUAGUCAACCAACGUUCUGGGUCGAGCAGCCUCGUCUACAGCUUGAGCAACUGCAGGGGCUUCAGCAUAUUGAUCAAAAAUUACAUCCCUCUGAUCAUCUAACCUAUGACCUGCUGCAUUACGCAUAUGACAUUCCUGGUCAUGUAAGUCUCCAUUCUCAUCUCACUAUAGGAUUAGAUUUGCAACCAUGUCUCGCGGAUGGAUGUCGAUCGAAGUGUCGAUAGUCAGUACUUCAAAACUAUCGGUCGACGGAUUAGGAGUAUCGGUCGAUGUUUGCUGAGAAGUAUCGGUCGACGAACUGAUGUUGUUGUCGAUCGAUGCGCUUCUCUUUUCUUUGCGGAUCGUGUGUUCCAAAAGUGUUGGAUCUGAGAAAAGUAGUGAUUUUUCCUUGUUGCUUCUAGUAUUGUUAGGCAUUCACCUGAAAGAAGUCAAUAAAUUUUUUUUUUUUAUCAUUUUUCUUAGAACACUUAGAACAGUAUAAAAUCUAGACUAAAUCUAAAUAGACAAGAUGUAAUGGCGAUCAAAGCUCCUUGACAACGGCGCCAAAUUUGAUAUCACUCAAAUUACCCUAAAGAGUGAUUUUACGCUCUCAAAUAAGAGGUUCAAUUGUAUUAUUUAGGGAUCAAAUCUACAGGUAGCUAGGGUACACAAUAGAUCUAAACAGUUUAUGAUUAAGCUAGGUAAAUAAUGUAAAUAGUGAAUUGCAGGGUGAAUAAGACAGUUGUUCGAUUGGUUGGUCUAGAGGUUUGUAAGCAAUAUGAGAAAGCGUUAGACUUAAGGUUUAUAUUCAGGUAAUCAUAACUAUAAUAGUAUAGAAUCUAGGAUUGUAUAUUGGAUAUUUUAGAACGCAAACUAAGUAAUAAUCUAUCAACUUCCGUUUGUCUAGAUUAUCUAUUGGCUGAAUCUCAGAUCUCAACUCUCGUUUGUUGAUGUGGAGAAAGUGUCGAUCGUUACCGUCGAUGGAUAAUCGAUCGAUACACCUUUCAGAACGUCGAUCAAUACACAUAUAAGAUUGUCGAUUGAUGUUACUUCCAGCAAGCUUUACCAAGCAGGUUUGAAUUAUGUUUACUAGGUUUCCUAGAUCAACUUACAUUUGUUUCUAGCAAUUCUAGCACAACAUGAAUCAGUUCAGGUAAAAGAUCAGGCUUCCGCGUGCACCUAAUUUUCUUAAUAUUAGGAUUCUAGUUAGCUACUCUAGAACACAUGCAAUAAAAUUAAUUCAACUGAUGGAUGUCACAAACAACUCAAAAAUUCUAUAUUUGAGGCUAAUCCUUCGUAAUCCUAUUUGAACCCUAAACCUAACAAGGUGAACUACUCAGACAUAGCAAAACAAUUUCUAACAAUAAACAUAAAAGAAUGCAUAAAUAGAUUAAGUUUAGAAAUACUGGAGUUCCAAUACAAAUCUAUGAAAGAGUAUAUGAUUUUCUCUUCAAUUCUACUAAAAACCUUAAGAUUAGUUUGUUGUGUAAAAUUAGAGCGUCUGGAAAGUGUGUGUUGCCUAGAACAAUGGGAGAGCACAAAAAAAUUUGGUUAAAAACGGCCAAGCAUAUCUCUGUAAAUAUGUCUUGACUUUGGUUUUAAGCCGGUUGGGCUUUGCGCGCUUCGCUGUCAAUUGAUGGUACAGUGUGUGCAUCGAUCGAUGUUUGACUCUAAAUGUUGACUUUUCGGACUGAUUCGAUGGUCAGCUACGAGAUUCUCUCAUUUUAUCUUCAAAAUGCACACAAAUCUUCAUUUUUUUUUUCAAAUCACUCAUGAAUAUGUAAAUGUGCUAAAAAAAACUCCAAUAUCUAAUAAAUAGUUUCUAAAAUAUAUAUAUAUAUAUAUAUAUUAUGGUUAAAAGUGGAUAAAAUCCAUAAUAUAUCUCUAUUAUUCAUCAUUUUCAUCGACCAUUAAGCAUGAGCCAGCUGGUCGACCCUUCUAUCCCAUCGGCCACCGGGCAGAUUUCUGUUUGGUCGACCUGUUUGUAAGGUCAUGUUCGGAACAAACUACUAUUACAUUUUUUGUAUAUUAAGUACAUAACAAUAAUUGUAAUCAAAACGUGGAAUCAUUAUUGCGUAUGGGUGACACAUGUUAAAACUAUAAUAUAUGAACAGGCUGUGUCACAAGAUAGAUGUACGAUUAGUUAUUAAUACUCUUGUAAGAAAAAGAGAUCUUUACUUGAACCAAUAACAUAAAUCUUUCCCCCCAAUUUCAAAUAGAGGUGACCGAUGUUGCCGCUAACUAACCACCUUAGAUUAGAUUAUAUAUAUUAUUUAUACUAUAUUUAAGGCUCCACUCGGUUUUUGUUCUAGGGGAAUAAUAUUAGUGAAAAGGAACAAUGCUUGCCUUUACAUGUAUACUAGAAAGGAAUAAAGAUGAACCAGUGACAUGACUUAACGUCUUAUGUGUCAUAAUAAAAUCCUACGUGUAAGAAAAAAGGUAAAAUCUCUUGGGCGAAACACACAUCUCCAUGAGAAAAUCACAAACCCUACGGAGGCAGUCCUGACCUUAGUGUGCGUUCACCACUUGUGUUACCUUUUAUUUCCAUCUAUAAAAACGUUAUUAGUCUCUCUUAUUCUACCACCAAAUUCACAUCCAUAUUACAAACUUAUUUCACUUAUUCCCUCUCUCUCUCUCUCUCUCUCUCUCUCUCUCUCUCUCUCUCUCUCUCUCGGCCUCUUCAAGCCUUUCAUCUCUCUACUUUCAUAACCAAUAAGUAAUCAUGUAUUUAGUCGCACACUUGGUCAUUAAGAGUUUUGACGGUGAUUAUGCAGUGUCUGCUGAAGAUGUGGUGGAUACGUCUCGAGCGGCGUAUAUUGAAAAUGGUGGUGAUGACGAUGACGGUGGCUACGAUUAUGCUCCGGCUGCGUAAUUUGUUUCCUAUUAGUAUAAAAUGUAAAUUAGGAGGGGAAAAGAGAUGAUAUGGUAUUUAUAUACCUAGCUAGGCCAUUUAGGUACUAGAUAGUGUGGUGACUCUUCUUAAUUAGAUAAAACAGGGCUUCCCAUUGAUGUAGAAAUGCAUCUCUUUGUUAAUCAGAAUCACUUUUUUAUCUCUUAAUUAACUGUCAAUCUAGUUUAUUUUUUCUAUAUGUAAUUUAACGGACUUCUAUCUAAAUAAACUCUUUAAUGUUAUAAAAUUUU